AUGCAGAGUGCUCUCAACUCAGAUAAGGAAGUGCAGUAUAUGGAGGAGGUACGCAAUGCCUUACCAGAAGCAGCCAAACUCAGAAUGAUGCCCCAGCUUGUGCAAAGUGAAUGGAGCGCCCCUAUCCGAUCCGACACAGACAUGUCUGAUGAGGGAGGCGUUUGCAUUGUGCAUAAGGACCAGGUGCCAACUGUUUUGCGGGCCGUGGGAUACACCCUGGCUCCCACAGCUAUCCUAACCACACAGCACACGCAGGCCCUCGGCCUCAAACACUAUCCUUGCGCCAAAGUCACAUGCCUCUUGCGCGUACGUGAUGAACACGGGGAUUUCAUCGAAGUCACAGUGCAGAGGCAUUUGAUCCAGCUAAGCUUUGGGCUAAGCUUUGGCCCUCCUGUCACCAUGGCCGCGGAAGGGGAGCAGAUCCUGUUAGCUGUGCCUAUGCAUCGUGCGGUGAUCAAAAUGCCGGCCUGCUUUGGAUGGACGCCCGAGGCCCUCACAGGCGCCUCUGUUGCUGCGAUCCUUGCACGCCAUGUCCCGGCUCCAGCUUGUGAGGAUAUCCUUGUGCGACAAGACCAGUCCGCAACUGCGAUGAUUCAUGAAUCCGUUCUCCCGAAACUUCUGCAAUGCAGCGGCAAAGAUGGGGUGUUUUUCAAAACACAUGCCACUUCAAGCUACUUUCCAGAAAUGCACAUGCUUUGGCUCUCAGAAGAUGCCAGUCUUGACCAGGCUUUGGACCUAGCCAGCAAGAACGACCAUUGCUAUGGGAUCGCAGCAAAGAACGCUGCUCACAAGCCAAGAUUUGCACUCAGGUUCCUUGAUGUCAAUGAGUUUCGCUCCGCUGCAAAAUGGCUUGGGCUGCAAGACUCGUCAGAGUUGGGGAGGUGGAGGCUCAGUGGACUGCCAGUUCAGUGUGGGAUGGCUGGCGCUCUCACGUUGCUUGAGUCCAGGCAGUGGCAGGUCGUGGAAAUCUUAUAUUUCUCCGAGGUGCAAUGCGUGUUUCUAUCCAAAACCCCGGGAAACACCGGCCCUAUGUUUUACCAGCAGGCUCAGGGGCGCCGUAAGCAACUUGUUUUCAAAGCCCUCAACACGUUGGCGCGACAGCAACUUGCCGAUGCGAAUAAAAUGCCAGAGCUUCAGCAGCCGCUCCGCCUCAGGAUGACGCACUUGCAGGGCGCCCCUCCAGGGCAGUUGAACGUGACAGGUGGCUCCCUCAGGUGGUGCCGCCGUUGGCAACUCGUGCUGCUGGAAAGGCAGAUGAGGUCACCCCCAGGCAUGAGGAGAAAGAAAAGCAUCCUUCGAACCAGCACACGGGAGAAACACCCGAUGCUCAGAGGAUGCGCGUUAACUAAGCUCAACAACUGCAAGUCUCACCUUUCUUGCUUAUGGUUCUUGCCUAGCAAAACCCGCAAUCGUUACAUGCACGCCAUACAAGGCAAUGCUGCGAGAGGCUGUGUGCGUGGCAGACGCGCUGCAGACCAUGAGGCUGUGUGCGUGGCAGACGCGCUGCAGACCAUGAUGCUUCUCUCAUUGCCUCACGCCACUUGGCACCAUCGACUAGUCAGGGAUCAGCACUGA